AUGGCGAGACUCGCAAGCUUCCUCACAUGCCUGUUCCUUACGGCGCAACAUGUGGCAGCCGUGACUUUUGCCGUCCCUACCAAGGUUGGCACAGCAGGUUAUGCAUACGCGCCGUUGGAUCCAGCUCCUGUGGGCAUCUCAUUCGAGUUCUUUGCGUUCCCUUCGUACUUCACCAACGUGACGGCCACAAAUCAGUGCCUCUCGAACUGGAAGACCUUGACGGGUGUCUGGCCGCCAAUUCGCAUCGGAGGGACCACUCAAGAUCGAGCCCAGUAUGACCCCGCGACGUCCGCAUACGUGGUGUACACAGUCGCCAGUCCAGCGGACGCGCCCGCUAGCCUGACCUUCGGUUCGAGCUUUAUGACCUUGGCAAAUACCUACGGCGGGUCGGUAGUUGUCGGUCUGAAUCGUGGGAAAGACAACAUCUCAAACACUAUUGCCGCGGCAAAGGUGGCCGUGUCGGGGAUGAGCAAUUUGCUUGCCAUUGAGCUGGGCAAUGAGCCAGAGUACUACGCUGGUGCUGGCCAACCAAUCGCAGCAGGAGGCUGGGAUCCUGCCAGAGACGCCGCGUCUCAGAACAACUGGGACAUCAUGGUGGGAAGCGCGAUUGGAAAGACUAACAUCAUCCAGGCAGGCAACUCCAACUCGCUACCGCCAACCUGGGGCGCUGCAGAGCUCAUCGCAACCGAGAAUGCGACGGUCAAGCAGUACGUGAAGACCUAUGCUCACCACAACUAUCCCGGAGGAACAGUGACCAGCCUCAUGAGCCACAGCAAUAUCGCGAGCAACCUUCACCAGUUUGACGCAGACAUUGCUGCGGCUCUGGGCCAGGGCAAGCCCUACAUAUUCGGCGAGACAAACUCAGUAUCCGGUGGUGGAGCCGCCACCGUGUCGCCGACCUUUGGCGCAGCGCUCUGGACCAUGGACUACGCCCUGCGAGCGACGUACAGCAACAUGUCGCGCACCUACUUCCACCACGGCACCGUAGGCAACUGCCAGUACUGCUUCUGGGGCCGCUACUCCAUGGGCGCGCCAUACUACGGCGCGACAGCGGCUGUCGCGCUACUCGCUGGGGCGUCGCACCUGACGGCCCUCGACACAGGCUCGACCAACUACGCCGGCUACGCGACAUUUGACUCCGCGGGGGCGCCCCUAAGGGUAUUGUUGUACAACUCUGAUUACUUCAAUGGGACCGGCACGCGCUCUAGCCAGUCCUUCGUGCUGACGGGGCUCACCGCCACCACCUCGGUCAGGGCCAAGAGGCUGACGGCGGCGAGCGCUCUGUCCAGGCAGGAUCAGGGAGGGAACCCAACGUUUGGGGGCCAGACGUAUGCGAAUGGGACCUGUGUCGUGGGCGGGGCGGAGGCGUAUGAAACGGCUGUCGUGUCUGGGGGCCAGGCGACGUUCACUGUCAAGGCGAGUGAGGCGCUGGUGGUGUAUCUUAAGUGA